CAAUGAGUGAGCACUGUAUUUCAGAAUUUUUUAGUUGUCAUUUUCGAAUGAACGAGUGUGGUGUUGUGCGUGUUUAAAAUAGAAAUUACGCUGUAAAAAUUAAUAAAUACGCAUGAUAUUGGACUAAUAUCGUAAUUUCGUCACAAAAAUCAGAUAUAUUAAGUGUAAUGUCGUAGAAGAAUGAAUUUAAUUUAUAUUGCUUACUAAUAACAAAGCUUAAUUUUCAACGUUCGUCAUGGCUCGCUUCCUGUCGGAGGAUAAAUUAAAAGGUUUUGAAAAAUACAAAUAUAACUCUGUGGAUACCAGUGUUCUCAGUAAUUAUGUUAUGCACCCAUUUUGGAAUUGGUGUGUCCAGUUUUGUCCAGUAUGGGUGGCCCCAAAUCUGCUGACAUUCACGGGUUUCCUGCUGACUGUGCUGAAUUUCUUUGUCUUCUCAUAUUACGACUAUGGUUUCUAUGCCAUGACAGCUGAGAAUAUCACCAAAGAUCAGAUACCUUCAUGGGUAUGGGGAGUGUCUGCGGUCAACCUGUUUGUGGCUUAUACUCUGGAUGGCAUCGACGGCAAACAGGCUCGGCGCACCGGUACCAGUGGUCCAUUAGGAGAGCUGUUCGACCAUGGACUGGACUCGUACUCCGCUGUUCUCAUCCCCACCUUCCUCUACAGCAUAUUUGGCAGGGAUGAAGUGAGUACGCUACGGUUCUUGUUUCUGAUAUGGAACAUCUUCUUCAACUUCUAUCUGACGCAUUGGGAGAAGUACAACACUGGAGUCAUGUUCCUGCCGUGGGGAUACGACUUUACUAUGAUCGGUUCCUGUAUUCUUCUGUUGGUGACAUCAGUGUUCGGUCCCGAAGCCUGGCACAUUCCCCUGCCAGGCAACAUUACGCCCGGUGUCAUCUUUGAGUUCGUGUUGUACUUCUCCGCGAUGCUCACCAGCCAAACUGUCAUAUUGUGGAAUAUUUACAAGUCGUAUCGAGACAAAACCGGCAAGAUGCGUCCUUUCAGUGAGGCGGUGCGACCAUUGGUGCCCCUGUUCAUAUUCUUCGCGCUAAGUUCUCUCUGGGCCAUCUACUCUCCAACUGACAUCAUCAACAGAGCUCCUAGAAUCUUCUACAUAUUAACUGGAACCAUAUUCUCUAACAUUAAUUGUCGGCUUAUAGUGUCACAAAUGAGCGAUACUCGGUGCGAGGUGUUCAACGGGUUGCUGAUUCCGUAUGCGCUGGUGAUGUGCGUGGUUUUCUCGUUUCCCGUGUCUGCCACCAUAGAACUCUUGCUGCUGGCCAGCCUUUGCGUCGCCAGCUCCGUCGCUCAUAUCUACUAUGGUACCAAAGUGGUACAAGAAAUGUGUGAUCAUUUCAAAAUUGAAUGUUUCCAUAUCAAGCCAAAGAUAAAAUAAUAGGUAUAUUUUUAAAUAAUUUUUUGGAUGUCGGGAAUUAUGAUAGCAGAAAAUAAAUAAUUUCGUAUGUAAGUAUCUAAUACUCUUGUAUGUGGUAGUUAGUACCUAUUCAGAAUAUGAAAUAAAGGUAUGCGAUCAUAUUAUUAUAUUAUUGUGAAUUAAUGUAAAUGUAAGCCAAUUAUUGCCAGUUGAAGAUUUAUUUAUUUGUGUUUCAUAUUUAUUUUAUUAAAUUUUUCUUAGCCAAAUUUUAUUGGACAUUAUAAGAAUCGCCCAAUUUUCUACGUGUAUUUUCUUAUCACGUUGUUAUGUUGUGAACGUGUACCUUUAGGAAUAUGUAUAAUUGUUACGUAGCAACGCAGCUCUUUACUACGCGAUUAUCUAGGCCCUAAAUAAGUGUAUAGGUACUUUUGAUUUUUAAAAUCAGAUUUAUGUCAUUUUAUGCAAGUUUUUACCAUACUGUUAAUGUUAAUUUAUCCAAUACUAUUUUCUGAGUGAUAUUUCCAAAAUAUUAUUAUUAGGUCUAUAUACUGAGGACCAAUACAAUACAACUGAUUUUAACGAAUUGAUUGUUAUGAAUUGUAUUGUCUUUCUCUCAUUUUUUAAGUCUUUGUAAAUAUAUCUUUAGUCCAGGGUAAACAUUCAUAUUGUGUUACAGAUUGUAAUAACAUUGAACGGGCAUUUAUUGAGUUGUAAGUUUUGUCCUCAUAGGAAGUAAGACUAAAUUGAAACGUUACUAGUAACGCUAGUCAUGUUUAUUAGAUAAUAAAUAAAUUGUUAAUCAUGCCAUAUAAUAUGUCAUACAGUAGAUGUGUAAUUUCAUGCCAAAUGUUUCCAUUUAGGUUUAAAUUUAGUCAAUUUUAUCAAAUUAUAUACUUUCUAAGUAGUAAGUGUCUAUUGUACAUGUAUUUUUAUAUUGUUAAAUACACUUGAUGAUGAUCUGAAAUUUAAAUCUCAGGUUGAUAUAUGCGUUCCUCCUUUAUAUACAUAAUAUUUAGUUUUAUUUGUGGGACAAGGUAUGUUUAUUCCAGUUUAUUGUGAUGGACUAGCAUGUUUAGUUAUUUCUCGCUAGUUGAUACUAAAUAUUUUUUUAAGUGUCUCAUUCAUUACCU